CUAUGCAAAUUAAUUAGUUCGGUAGUGAAGUAGUCACGUUGUUUACGUGUAAGAUACAAUUUACUUCAUUAGUCUGUGUUGUUUAAAUUACUUUCUAUCAACGUUUUGCAGUUGCACGUUGUGGGAAGUGUCAGCAGCGGAAAGUUUUGAAGUGGAUUCGUAUCACGAUCUUCAAGUAGCGAAUGUCUUACUUAGUUCUAACUUAGCUUAAACUUUUGAUCACUCACAGCAACAAUAAUGUCAAAUUCUGAAAUAAUAACCUUUGAAGAACUAGAGGCGACAGACGUGAUCAGUGUAGAGUUGGUCCCCGAGCGUAAAGGCCUCAUUCUGAAGCACUGUGAAUACUAUGUCAGCUCCCGGAGACACGGCACCACUGUGACGAGGAGAUACAACGAGUUUGUGCAGUUGUAUGAUGUGCUCUAUGCCAAAUAUCCGUACCGAGCCGUAUGCCGCUUGCCCCCAAAACGCGUAGUCGUCAAUGGCGGCAGCCCCCUUUUUCUCCAACGGCGGCGCGCCGCCCUUCAAAGAUGGUUGACACUCAUGGCAAGACACCCCGUAUUGGCCCACGAUGCUGACUUAAGAACGUUCCUGUGCGAGGCAAACUCGAGGCUCGAGAAGCCGAAACAUGAUGAGUUUACGUUGGCAGGAACACAAGAGAGCAGCUCUAGAGACAUGACCACAGAAGAGAUGCAGGCAGCUUUCGUGUCCAGCCAGGAGCAACUGCGGCUUGUUCAGCUGGGCUUGGACAGGCUCUUCCAAAUAUUCGAGAGAGCGGAGAGUCGAUGUGAAGCAGAAAAGGUCGAUAUAAGAGAACUCGGAGCUGGGCUGAACGCCCUUUCUGCUACCAAUGUCUCCGUCACCGCCCGCUGGUCGCCCGUACGGGAAGCUCUUAAGGUCGCUGCCGAACUGGCGGUUGAGAUGGGCGAAAAUACAACAGAAAACACGGACUUCACAGAAGAUGGUAUUGGAGGGAGGCUGCUCUUGGCUCUAGAUGCUUUAGGGGCUUACAGGGAGCUAUGCGGACGCCUGACUCGGGGCCUCCACGCCGAGCGGGCCGCGGCGGCCGCGCAGCACAAGCACUCGGCCGCGAGCCAGAUGCUGCGCGAGCGACACCGGUACGCGCUCUGCUGCGCCACGCAGGAAGCGCUCCUGUCUCGUGCCUACGCACUAGCUGCUGUCGAAUCUCUUCCGUCUCUCUUCCACACGCAAGCCGCGACGCAUGCGCGCGUUGCCACUCUUUGGGCGGACCUGCAUACAGCGCUCCGACACGCCGCCAAACCGAAAUAGACAUUAACACAGAGGUAUACAGUAAAACAUUAGAAUGCUAGCUCGAAGAUAAUAAAUGGAAUCAAAGUCCGUUGAGAAUAGCAGUCAGAUUUGAUGAUCGUACUUCGUACUUGUCUACGUGGCAUUUCUCAAUCGUCAGUAGUAAUCUUUUUUAGUCGUGCGGUGUUAAAAAGUGACGUUUAUCAUACUUAACGCCAUACAACAUACUCCAGAAGGCGGUAGUAAACAUGAAAAGCAUGUGACAGGUGUCACAAAUAAUCGAACAUGUGGCGUUAUACGUAUUUUAGCAUCUCCGACACGGCCAGCCCCACAUUGUAUGCGUCCUUGCGUACAUUCUCUUCGAAAAUAUAGUAGUUUGCCUUUACUAGCGUGUUAUUUGUACGACUAAUUAGCGUUGGGAGAAUCUCAUCUGUUUCUGUGAAACAUUUAAUAAUGGGGUUUUUGCCGUUGGGGAGUAUACGUAAUAGUACAUUAUGAUACAAGUGUGCUAAGUUGGUCAUUACACACGAGGCGAUAUUGUGCGCGCGAGCUGUAAACGAGCGCGCAAUAAGAAAGCCGAUGUGUGUAAUGACCAAUGCACACGCGUUUCAUACGACGUUUUUCAACACACUUGCGAGAAAAAAAGAAACUCAUAUUAAUCAAAUUUGAAUAGUUAAAACAGUUAGUAUUGUGUGUUGCAUCUGUCAUACUGCCGGCCGGGGCGAGGAGCGCGCCCGUGCCCGCCAGUCUGACCAAUUAAAGAAGGCUCCCUUUCCAUGCAUAUUAUUAGCAAUCAGUUACCUUCUUAACUCAGUCGGAUAAUAUAAUGAAAAAGCACGAGUGGAAUAAUACACUGAAGGAGCACGCGUGUUUAAUAUCUAGGAUUAUGAGCCAAAAAUCGGUGAAAAAAAAACGUCGUUUUGAGCAAGUGUGUUGAAAAAGAUAUUAAUUCACACAAAUUACCUUGGUAGAGUUACUGUUGUUAUUUGACUUACGUGCUGCACAGCGAUGUGGAAUCUCUACACUCUGAUUACAGCUCUGUAUACAACUCUCAAUUGCGGAUAAUCUAAAACAAACUAUAUCUCACUGACGUAAGGCACCAAUCCAUAAUAUAUUUUAUUGUAUAACCUAAAUGUUGCAAUUUAAACGCCGACGGUGUCGGACGUAAUUAUUAUUAGUUAUUAAAAUUUACAAUUAUACAUAUACAAUUUUAUUCAGGUAUCAUUUAAAUAAAGAGUAUGUAUAUGUAAAUACGAUUGUUGACAAUUAUUGUUAUAUUCGUAUAAUUAUUUACCAAAUAAUAUUUUUUGUAAAUAAAUCAAAUUAAAUCGAGUGUCUUCCAAAAUGAUAGUUUCACAUACAUGUAAAUAAUAUUUGAAGAAUUUUACCAUUUUGUAUAGUUAAUUUUACGCACAUUUUAAGCAUAAUAAGGUUUUGGGGGUUUUAUUAUUAUAAAGUACAUACCUAAAUAUACAAGUGAGUAAAGUGUGUUCUUGGUGCAAGAUAAUAAUAUGAUAUUGUUACAUUUAAAUAAUAACAUUUAAUAAAAAUUAUUUAAAGUGAAAAGUGGACCAAAAUUAUAUAUUAUAUCUGUGAUAUUGUGUACCCAUAUCUUUCGUCAUUUUUUCUAUUAUUGUGUCUAAGAAAAUGGCUUCUAAAGUGUUUAAAAUAUUGCUGUAGGUAUUUAUAUAAAUUAUGUAGAUAUUAUUAAAUUAUUAAUACGAGAGUUAUGUUAUUAUGUUUUGUUGAAGUUUCUGUAUAUUGAGUACUUUUAGACAAAAUAUAUUAUUAUUAUAAAUUAUUUA